UGGAGACUCCGCUCGGUCGGGCUGCUCCGUGGAAGCAUCGAACCCACCCUCCGGAUCCUCCGGUGUGACGCACGGAUCCCGGUCGGUCAGUCCGCCCGGCUCCGCUCGACUCAGCUCGUCUCCGUCCGCACCACAGCAUGCAGGAUGGCGAGUGUGGAGACAGCCGCCGAACACGAGCGAAUCCUGCGGGAGAUAGAGAGCACGGACACCAACUGCAUCGGACCGACUCUCCGGUCGGUGUACGACGGUCAGGAACAUGGGCUGUUCAUGGAGAAGCUGGACGCCCGGAUCAGGAACCACGACCGGGAGAUCGAGAAGAUGUGUAACCACCACUUCCAGGGCUUCGUGGACUCCAUCACCGAGCUGCUCAAGGUCCGAGGAGAGGCUCAGAAACUGAAGAAUCAGGUGACUGAGACCAACAGACGUCUUCAGGAUGACGGCAAAGAUCUCAUGAGCUCCAUGGAGGAGCUGAAACAGUGUCGAGUGCAGCAGAGAAACAUCGCAACCACCAUCGAUAAACUGACCCACUGCCUCCCAGUCCUGGAGAUGUACAGCAGACUGCAGGAGCAGAUGAAAGCUAAAAGGUACUACCCUGCCCUAUGCACUCUGGAGCAGCUGGAGCAGACGUGUCUUCCCCGGGCCGGUCAGUACCGGUUCUGCUCCAUCAUGGCAGAGAACAUCCCCAAGCUGAGGAUUCAGAUCCGGGACACGGCCAUGGCGCAGCUCAGAGACUUCCUGGAGAGCAUCCGCAAACACUCGGACAAGAUCGGAGAGACGGCCAUCAGACAGGCCCAGCUGCAGCGCUCAUUGGACAGCUCCGUCUCCCCCCAGCCAAGGGCUCUGAUUGGCCGACGCAGCAGGAGGGAGGCGGCGGCGGGAACGGAGAGCGACGGUCAGGGUGGCAGCCCGUCGUCAGAACAGGACUCCGGCAUUCUGGAUGUCGACGAAGAGGAGGAGGAGGAAGUUCCAGGAGCUCAGGAUUUGGUGGAUUUCUCUCCAGUUUACCGCUGUCUCCAUAUCUACACUGUGCUGGGUUUGCGUGAUGUGUUUGAGAACUACUACAGAAAGCAGAGGAGGAAACAGGCUCGGCUGGUGCUGCAGCCUCACUCUAACAUGCAUGAAACUCUAGAGGGAUACCGGCGGUACUUCAAUCAGAUUGUUGGCUUCUUUGUGGUGGAAGAUCACGUCCUUCACACCACUCAGGGUCUGGUGAACAGAGCGUACGUAGAGGAGCUCUGGGAGCUGGCUCUGUCCAAAAUCAUCGCUGCUCUGAGGACGCACUCUUCGUACUGCGAUGACCCAGACCUGGUCCUGGAUCUGAAGAACCUCAUCGUCCUGUUUGCCGACACUCUGCAGGGUUAUGGUUUCCCAGUGUCCCAGCUGUUCGACAUGCUGCUGGAGAUGAGGGAACAGUACGGAGAAAUCCUGCUCAAGAGGUGGAACAUCACCUUCAGGCAGGUGUUGGAUCAGGACAACUACAGUCCAAUCCCAGUCUCUACUGAGGACGAGUUCAGACACUACACCUCCCAGUUUCCUCUGCAAGACCCUGAACUGGAAAAGCUUCCCUUCCCAAAGAAGCUUCCCUUCUCUGAGUUUGUGCCAAAAGUGUACUGCCAACUGAAGGAGUUCAUCUAUGCCUGUCUGAAAUACUCUGAAGAUCUACAUCUCAGUUCCACAGAGGUGGACGAUAUGAUCCGUAAGUCGACUAAUCUGCUGCUGACCAGAACUCUGAGCCACUGUCUGCAGUACGGCAUCAAGAAGAAGAACGUGGGCCUGGCAGAGCUGGUGCAGGUGAUCAUCAACACCACCCACCUGGAGCAGAGCUGCCACUUCCUGGAGGAGUUCAUCUCCAACAUCACCAACAUUCCUCCGGAUACGGUGAACGCCACCAAGCUGUAUGGAACGUCCACCUUCAAGGACGCCCGUCACGCUGCUGAAGCUGAGAUCUACACCAGUCUGAACGCUAAGAUUGACCAGUUCCUGCAGCUGGCUGAUUAUGAUUGGAUGGCGGCGGUGCAAGGGGGCGGAGCUUUAACGGCCAGUGACUACCUGAUUGACCUGAUCGCCUUCCUGAAGAGCACCUUCAGCGUCUUCACCAACCUGCCGGGAACCCCCGUAGAACACGCCACCCUCCCGGGUAAGGUGGCCCAGACGGCCUGCAUGUCGGCCUGUAAACACAUCUCCACCUCCCUGAUGCAGCUGCUGCUGGACCCAGAGCUCCGUCAGAUCUCCAUGGGAGCCCUGCAGCAGCUCAACGCCGACGUCCAGGAGUGUGAAGGUUUUGCCAGAGCCGGGCCGGUCGCAGGCUUCCAGGGUGACACGUUGCUUCUGGCCUUCAGUGACUUGAGACAAUUACUGGAUCUGUUCACUCAGUGGGACUGGUCCACCUACCUGGCUGACUACGGGAAACCCACCUGUAAAUACCUGAGAGUGAACCCACACACCGCCCUGGCCCUGCUGGAGAAGAUGAGGGAGACGAGCCGCAAGAACAACGUCUUUGCCCAGUUCAGGAAGACGGACAGAGACCGACAGAAGCUGAUUGACACCGUCAUCAAACAGCUGAGGAACCUCAUCACUCAGCACCACGCCUGAUUGGUCGGUACUCCUGAAGCCACUAUCCAAUCAGAUGUGUUUGACCAGAGGCCCACCUAUGCAGCUCACCUUCAACUAGCAGUCCAAACCUGGAGGAAGCUCACCUCCACUGUGCAAUCUGAUUGGUUGCUUCAAAUUGACACGCCGUGGAGCCCCCGAGAGGUCAGGGUGAGAAGUUCCUUCUUUUCCAAUAGUUAGUCCUGUUUAGAGAAACAGUCUGCAGAUGAACCACACAAGUCCAAGCUAACCCAAACAUUCAGCCACAGCCGCUCACUGAGAUCUGCCUUUUAGAGAGAAUAAAGAGCGAUAAACGUCUCCCUGAACCAGUAGACUUCCUCCUGCACUGGGCCAACUAGGAAAAGAAGGAACAUCUCAACCCUCACAGGCUUCCAUACAAACCUAACAACAAACAUCAUCUUUGUGAAGUCCUACAGCUCCAAAUGUGUAUUAAUCCGCCACUGAAAAUAGUCCCCAGUAAAUUCACUGUUAACUAACAUUUGUGACGAACAUCACUGAGCCUUUUUACUAAUAAAACAACAUAUUAAAGCUUGACUUCAUCAAUGUGUUUGGUUAGUCUUUUCAUGUCACUAACCUCAGUCUUCAACUGGAACCAACGCUGUUGAAGGAACUCUGAUCUGUGGAGAAAGUAGAAAAAAGAACAGAAAUUAUGGAUAAAGUUGCAGCUAAAACAGUCCUAAAUAAACCUGCUGUCACACUUUGUUCCUUCUACAUCUGUAUGGCAGGAACUCUGUUAGGACUGUGUGUGAGAAUCCGAGCAAGUUUUCAGUAAGAACUCAUAUUUUUGUGCCAUUUUUCUUUCUUUCCAAACCGAAGCGGGCCAUAAAGCCGUCGUCCAUCCUUUUCCGUCUUCCACAUCACUGUCCAUGUCUGUGGUAAAACUACAGAAUGUAUUGAAUGUACAUCAGAGACUCGUCUUCCGUUGUCAUUUUAAGUCACGAAAGUGUCAGAAAAUCUGAGAUCAGAAUGUUACUACAGAAUCCUUUAUCUUCUUACCCAACAUGGCAAACACUUGAAUGGACAAGAUCUGGCAACCUAAAGUCCUCGGUGCAACACCUGAGGUGUAACGUUGUCCGAGCGUUUUCUACUCGUUCUGUAUAAAUAACUGUGUCUUAAAGAGGGAAUAACGCUCCAACCUGGCAACCGCUAUGACCUGUACAGCCUUCAGUUUGCCUGGUUGAUUAGACAGUAUAGAAACCAUUUUACUAACGCUGAGCACACAUCCUGUCUUCCAUUAACUGAAGCACAACACUUAAUUACUCUCACACUAGAUUAUUCUUUCACUAACAGGGUCUUUCUGUUGCUUUUUCUACUUGGGUGCAAUAACAGAUUCGUGUUUGUUAGUUAGUGCUGGCGCUUUGUAAAGGGAUUCAGACCUACACUGACUCUGAAGGGGAAUUUAAGAUGUUUGUAUUGAGUUUUUUUUAUCCAUCCUUCGCUGGAUUUCAUUUGUUAGAAAGGGAUCAGGGCCGUCAUUGUUGAAUGUGCCUUUGCUGUAUUUGUUGUUUUUCCUGCCAAAAAAGCAGCGACACUGUGGAGAUGAAAUUCUGGACACAGUUUAGUCAAAGUCACUUCAUAUAUGACAGAGAUUAUUUUUUUAACAGCUCUGUUACUUUUUGGGUCAUUCUUUAACUUCUGUGUAUUUAAUAAAACGUUCUACCUUCAAACUAAGAACAAGACAAGGACAUACUUUGCCACAGAAUUGACCGUGUCAAGAAGACGAUCUUGUUAUCAAAUGUAGUUUUAAAUUCUUACAAGCACUAAGUUUUACAAUUCUAACAAGUACUGCUCAGCUGUAGUAAAACGUUGUCGAGUCUGGAGUUCUCAAACUGCACUUCCUGUCGCUGCUUUUUGUUUCAUUUUUUGUAAAGCACAUGUUGAGACAGAAGCACAGUUGUAUUAAACCACUAAUAAGUAAAACUAAAUCCUGAUUAAUAUGGAAUAAAUGGAAAACUGCUGAAAAUA